ACGUCUCACACGCUUGUCGUUUAUACAGAAUUACGGAGUUUUCGUCUCUGCUUCCUUCCUCCACUGCUUUUCUCUACAGUGUUUUGGUUCUUUCGGUAAUCGUCGUUUUUCGAUUCGUUCUUCUCUUAAACCAGCUGAGAUCCAGAGAAGGAGAAGAAGCUAAGUCUGAAUUUUUUUGUCCUCUCCUAAUCUGGAGUCUGGACUUUAAGAAAUGAUAUAGUGGCCUGUUGAUCGUUUCAAUUGCUUUGAGGCUUUGGGCAUCCAUGGGGAAUUGCUUGGAUGCUUCCGCCAAAGUAGACAGCAAUCACACUGCUCAUAAUUCUUCUGGCAACUCAAAAGCUACAAGUAAAAGUACCUUAUCUUCAGCAGUUUCCAACCUGACUAUCCCAUCUUAUAGUGAAAAGAGUACCUCUGGAAGUCUUCCCACCCCCAAGUCUGAAGGUGAGAUAUUGUCAUCGUCAAAUUUGAAAGCAUUCUCUUUUAGUGAGCUGAAGAAUGCCACUAGAAACUUUCGUCCUGACAGUCUUCUUGGAGAGGGAGGAUUUGGCUAUGUUUUUAAAGGAUGGAUUGAUAACCAAACCCUUGCUGCUGCAAGGCCUGGAUCUGGAAUGGUUGUUGCUGUCAAGAAGCUUAAGCCAGAAGGUUUCCAAGGCCACAAGGAGUGGUUGACAGAAGUUAAUUAUCUUGGCCAACUUCAUCAUCGAAAUUUG